AUGGGUUUGUACAUCAUGAAAAAUUUCGUGGUUUAUCCAAAUAAUAUGAAACUGAAGACUAAAGACCACAAGUUUAAGUUGAUGUUCACGCAUAAGACUACUUUUGAGGAUAUGCAUGAUCCACAUUUCAACAUGUAUAUCUUCAAAUUUAGAACCUAUGAGCAGCUGUCAAAUCCCCAAGAAUUUGACAAUACUGAGUUAUUCGAUGUUAUUGGCGAAAUUGUGAGCUAUGAGGACAUACAAUCUAUCAAACAAGAUGAUAGCAUCCGUAUGUUCAUGAAUAUUGAGAUACAAGAUUAUGCGAGCAAUAACAUUUCUGCAACUCUUUGGGGAGACUUUAUCGAACAGGUCAAGCCACAUUUGAAUGGAUCCAAUGAUAAGCCUGUUGUCGUCGUCACGCAGUUGAUUAGAGCACAUCCAUAUCGAGAACAAUAUUCGGUGAGGAACACUUGGCACGCAUCGAAACUUUGGAUCAAUUCAAAUCUUCCUCAAGUUGUUGACUUUUGCUCCAGGUACAAGCUACAAGUUAAGGUGAUGGAUUGCACCGGUACAAUUUCUUUGUUGUUGUGGGAUAAGGAUGCAACUAAGAUUAUCGGAAAGUCGGCAAAUUAUUUAAAGGAUGUUGUAUUUGAGGAUUCCACCAAAGAUAAUGAGUUGAUCGAUGUUGCAAAUACACCUGCCAAGAUAGGUAUAACUAAUCCUGCAUCAGUGGUUGAAGAAGAUUCGAAUGCACAGUUAUCUGGAUAUAAGAUCAAGAGAGUAUUUAAAAAGAAGAAGAUAGCAUAA